AUGUCAGCGGGAUUGUCACCACAUGAUUUCAGUGCCGCCGGUACUCGACGACAAAGUGAGCUUGGCAGCCGACGAUACGACUCCGAUGCAACUAUUUUGCUUGUCGGGUUCAUCGGAGCAGGUAAAAAGACUUUGGGAUUCAUUGCGUCUGCUGCUCUCCGCAGACGCUUUAUCGAUUUCGAAGCAUUCUUCCAGGGGCGAGUCCAGUCAUCCCCCCAGGAGUUUGCUGCCACCCAUGGAUUCGCACGGUAUCGCGAGCUUGAGGUAGAAAUAUGCCAAGAGAUCAUCGCAAAACAUCGAACCGGUUGUGUUGUUGCUGGUCUAGGCGUGACAGCCAGUCUUCCUCGUCCGGGUGUUUGGGACACAUUGACACAGCAACAUCCCGUGAUUUACGUGCGAAGAAACAAGGCUGACCUUCAACAACUGAUCGGAGGUGAUCCCGCAAGAUUCGAACGUAUUUUCGAAAUUGGAAACGCUUUCUACGAGUCGAUCUCCAACUUUGACUUCUUCAAUCUCACCCAGGAGGUGACCCGUCGAGGUGGAAAUACGGUCCACGCAUCUCUCAAAUUGAAGGAGAUCGAGCGCGUGUUUGUGGCCUUCUUGCUCCGUAUAUUUGGAAAACCAAAGCAGCAACUUUUUUCGGUCGAUGCUUUCUCCGAAGCCCACACGUAUGCACUCCACUUAUCCCUCAACGAUCUCGAAGAACGUGAUGAUUUGGAUGAUCUCGACACCGGGGCAGACGCUAUCAAUCUCCUCCUGGUGUACGAAGAUUACUCUCACGAAAAAAUCAUGGAGAGGCUUUCUCGUCAUAUGACAAUCCUUCGAACCCAUACCCGUGUCCCAAUCAUCAUCGACGCAAAGGCAGAUCCACAGAAGACCCUCACAAGCUAUUACACGUUCCUGGAGAACUUGCAACGGGUAGCCCCCGAUGCUUUUACUAUCUCGAUUGCCACGAAUCCAUUGAUCAUCAAGGAGAUUCAUUCGACGAGAAGUCACUCCAGAAUGAUUGUUGUUCAUGAUCAAUCAGGCCCUCUAGGGCUUGAAACCCCCGAUACAUUAAUAUCCUCUAUCCGGUCUUUGUUGCAGCAACUUAAACCCGAGGCUCUUCGUUUGGUUGGCAAACGCGCUACUCACGAGGAUACACUCUCAUGUGUUGCCUUCCGUCAGAAAUUACGAGAUGACUUGAAUAUCCCUGUCAUUGCUUAUAAUGAAUGCUCUGAGGGCCGAGCUUCAAUGAUCUUGAACCCCACUCUUUCUCCUUUGACUAUAUAUUCUAAUUCGAAUGUUGCGCUCUCUAUGCAACAAGCGCAACAAGCGCUUAGCUCGCUAUCUCUACAGCCAAAAAAAUCAUUCAUGAUUGUUGGUCAAGAUGUUCGUCUCAGUCUGUCACCGGCAAUGCACAGCACUGCUUAUAACUCGGGGGGCAUCCCGCACAUCUACAACUACCAAGAGAUCCAGAAUGUUUCCCAUGUCGAAGACAUUUUGAAACAUCCUUCAAUUGACAGCGCCCUGGACGGUAUUGCCAUUUCUUUACCAUUCAAAACGGAAGUCCUCCGAUUACUUGACGUGGUUAGCCCAGAUGCCAGAGACAUCAACGCGGUUAACACUGUGGUGCUGAAGCAUCGUACUGAUUCGAACUGUGUGAAGACACGCUUUUAUCAUGGACACAACACAGAUUAUGUUGGAAUCAAAGAUUGCGUUUACAGCCACCUGUCUCCUGCGAACGCCAUCCGAGAUGGUAGCACAGCUCUCAUAAUAGGGGCCGGUGGCAUGGCCCGCGCCGCUAUCUACGCUUGUUACCAACUAGGAGUUCGCCGCAUCUUUGUCUACAACAGAACGUCUUCAAAUGCGCAGAGCCUAGUUCAAUACUACCGUGACUGGGCAAGAUCGAAAGGAGACUAUGAUCUCCACCUUGAUGUUAUCGAGUGUGUGGAUGCUGCAUGGCCGCCAGACUUUCGUCUACCCACGAUCGUGGUUUCAUGUAUACCCGGGAGACAUCCGGAUACUCACUCACCUGUUGAAUUCCGGAUCUCUGAUAAAUGGCUUGAGAGUCGGACCGGAGGAGUUUAUGUUGAGGUCGGUCGUCCAUCUAAUUUGCCAUCAGUGGGAUAUGGUCCUUUCAAAACCGUUUUGAUGGAACAGCUUACUCCAUGGUCAAGCAAGGGAUGGGUCAUCGUUGAUGGACUGAAGGUUUUGGUCGGACAGGGCAUUGCGCAGUAUGAGCUGUUCACGCGUAGACCAGCACCCGUCCAUAUCAUGCGCCGGGCAGUUCAAGAAGAGGCUUUCAGGAACGGAUACUUCUGUAUGUGCUGA